AUGGGGCCCCCGGGCAAUAGGGGAUCAUGGGGCCCCUGUGUCCUCGCCCACACUCAAACCACACCCACAAAAGCCUAUGAAAGGUACCAAGGGCAUCUCAUGGGGCCCCCUACUGACCCUGGGCCCUCGGACAGUGCCCGAGUUUCCAAAUGGUCAGUCCGCCACUGCUCCCAUAUAUUUAUCACAACAAGAUGUUUAGGUGUUUGCAUGGAGUUCAGUUUAGAGGAUAAGUUCACCUUUUAGAAAAAAAUAAUAAAUGCACAU